AGCAAACUGCUGACGUCAGCACACCCAAGAUGACCGAACGCGCAGUUAUGGCUGCUUGGUUGUUUGUUGUUACACGGCUGACCAACUGAUCUGUGGCUGUUCUCCAGCUCCAGCCGCGAGGCACUCUCAUUCAUUUAUUUACCUUCGUGUUGGACCGAAGAGAGGACACACACCGGCACCUGCUGCGUGGGGUACUGCAUUGCCCGAUUCCCUGGUUGCUUGCUUGCGUUUGGAAAGCAUUCGGCUUCUUUCUGUCUGAGAAAAUGGCGGCGCUGGUGAAGAAGAUGGUUGGCGAUGUGCCACUGCACGACACAGGUCGCGUGGCCGAUGCUGUGGACGCGCUGAUUGAGCACUGCAAGAUGCAUUGCAAGGACGCAGGCGUCGAGGAGCUCGCAGACACUGCCACGUGCAAGGACGUGCUUGCGUUCGUCCGCCAACAUCGCGAUUUGCGCGCUCAGGAGAUCCCUGUUCACCGCUCACUGCUGCCCAAGAACUGCACCAGCAUGGCAGUCGUUGACAUUCGCGUCAAGUCCCGGGGCCCAGAUGACCUCGUCUUUCUCCACAACAAAGAUAUCCGGGAUCGCAUCGCCAGGGGCAAUUCGAUCUUGCAGCUGCAGUACAAGGGCAAGGCAUUGCAGAUUCCCGUGCUGCAAGGGCUGCGCAAGUUCACGGGUGGUUUGGGAGAUGAUGAUGACAUGCCUGCUGGACCGGGUCAGGAAGCUGCGUGGACGUCCUACUUCUUGGCUCCCAUCGAGCAGGCGCACACCAUCUUCUCCAUGGAGAAGGCCAACGGUGAAGCCGCUCAUCUCGCCUGCCGUUGGAUUCAGAACAAGUAUGUGUUGGUGUGCGGCUCAAAGAACGUACACAUGUGCGUCACCAAGCGCAGCGAUAUUGAGUUGUACACGGAUAGCAAGUUUCGGAUUGCUGCCGUGAUUGCACGUGUCAUCUUCGAGUGUCUGGAGAAGCUUGAGGACAAAGGCGCCGCACUGCUGUCCUUCCUCGCUUGCACGGGCUUCACAGCAAACUUUGAGCUCUUGCAGCCGUCAUACCAGCAUGUGGAGCUGCUGGGGGACACACCGCGACUGCUCUUCUUUGCAUUCACAGCGCAGCACUUUGACGGACAGCGGUCGUCGUUGUGUGAUGUGCAUCCACUUGUUGGCAUUGAGAUUAUGCGGCGGCUUGGCAUGGAGACGGUCAACUACGACGUUAUUCCGUUUAUUCGCUUCAACGAGCACACAGCAGACGUGCGCCGUACCUUUGGCAAGGAGGGACGGGUGCUGUACAUCCUUGAUUCAGACACAACAACCGGAAACGUGAUUGGGCUGUUCAAGAAGAAGACAAUCUGGUAUGUUGUUCUUCGCGCCAUCCGCGAAAAGGUCAAGGCGGCCGUCUCCCGCGUGGUGAAGUCGCCAGACACGCCGUAUGCGUCGAUUCGAUCAUCGUGCGUGACAAAGACCAACGCGCGCCUGCGCGAUAUCCGCGACUGGCUCGGCUUUAGCAAGGACGAACUGAUGCAGUGGCAGGCUUUGGCAAAGAGGUUCAUUGAGUGGGUGAUUAGCGAGGAGCACUUGGCCUUUGAUGCAACCGCGCAUCGAGACCAGUACCGCCCUCGUGCCCGCCGUGAGAGGCAGCAGCAGCAGCAACAACAACAAGCACAUGCUGACAAUGGCGAUGAUGAUGGCGAUGAUGGUGAUGGUGAUAAUGGUGAUGAUGAUGCAUCUGUAUCUGCUGCUCCUUCGUUCACGCCCGAGGCUGUUGGGUCGUUGUUUCCAAAGGUGUGGGCCGCGUUCUUGCAGGACCAACGUGUGGCUUACCCUUCAGCAGCAACAGUCACAUGAGGAACACAUAUGCUGUGACUGUGAUGUGCUGUGACGUGUGUUGUGACGUGUGUUGUAUGACGUGUGACAGCCUCGACAGUAAAUGAAUGUCAAUGGA